GGCCGAACUCGUAUAGUGAUGAACAGCUGCCGAGGCAACGCGAGCCACCGAGCUCUUCGGGUAACAUUAUACCACUCUCUAUCCAUUCAUGUCCAUUCACGGACUCCGGCGUGUCCUCGCUUGUCAGCACCAAGUCACAUGUAACGCCUUGUCUGGCUUCUACUUCCUCCAGUUCUUCGUUAGCAGGAAUCGGCUCUUCUAAGGUCACUGGUCGCCCCGCAGAUGGUCCGAUGACUUCUGCUGCGUUCUCCACUGAACAACUUUGUGAUCACCUCAUUAACUCCAAUGAAGGUUGGGGCAGACGGCCUAUUGAUCAAAUUACUUCCUGGGAGGCAACAGAUCCAUCCAAAUCUGCCGACAGUUUACGGCAUAGUGGGUUCGCCACACCUACACCGGGCUCGCGUGCGACUUCUGGUUCCACUAUCGUUUACCGCUCUCUUCAAUCUCAACAAAUGGAAUCCAACAUAUGGACCACCGAGCCUCCCACCGGUACCGGAAUUUGGGAGUUGCACUGCGAGAGUUUCAAUGUACGCGAGACGACAUGGAACCCUACGUUAACUUCGCUUCCAGCCAAUACAUCAGUUUGUGAUUUACCUUCAAGAGGCAGUGGCCCCUUAACACUGCUGAAUAGCAUUGAUUCAAUUGUUGCUGAUAGGGGUUCUUCUCAUCUUCAUCCACCACCUAAUCGGUCGACCGGAACAAAUCGGCUUUGGGACUCCAACGAUAGAUUUUGGUCUGGUUCUAAUGGUACCUCUGCCAUUGGGCGACCUUUACUUGGAGGCACUCGUUCCGGUUCAACCAUCACUCCACUGAAUGAAAUGCCUGGGUGGUGUCAAGAUUCCCCGGCUUUGAGCAUGGGACCAAUCGGCGGAGAAGGGAACUUUUCUCCCUGGGAAAACCUUGAGGCUGAUACCACCACAUUGCAGUGGAGCUCCUCCACCUCGACAGGUGCACCACUUCUCCCUUCGAUCAUCUUGAAUGGUACUGAUACCCUCUCCCAGCAACAGACAUCAUCGAAUUCAAACACUUCUCAAUCCUCCCGAGAAAGAAUGUUGGUGCAUCCUUUCAGCAACACUUAUCGUGCAGAUUUAGUGAGGUAUCUGAUGAGUCAAGGUUUCAGGAAGGAGGAUGUGCACGCUGCUCUCAUCGACUGCAAUAUGGAGCCUGAACGUGCUCUCCACGAACUUCGUGAACGAUGCCACCUGGAUGGCUGCCAAUACCCUGGUGGAAACGGGACUUCGCAGUUUCAACCCCCCAACAGUUUUACUGCACUCGGAUCCCAGAUACCGUCCAACUGUGUCAACUCAACCGCUGGUCCCGGCUUGGUCACUUCCAUUCGAGGCACAUUCCCUGUAGCACCUGGCACCACCAGUUCCACUAACCAACUGAUGUCACUGGGACCUCAACCAAAUCAACAAUUGAUACGUCAACAGAUUACACAGCAGUUACGAUCCGCUUUGAAUCUUUCACUGCCCAACUCUUUGGCCAGCAACAUCGCUAGCAACCAGUCAUCAUCUGUGACUUCCGGGAAUUCGCUUUUGGGACAGCCACCGCCGCCCUUGCUCUGUAGCAAUAGUAUGUCGCCAAACACUGGGCUCAAUUUAAACAUGCCUGGCUCCACCUACUUACCUCAUUCCAAGAAUACGGCUAACUCCACUCCACGGUUUUCUUCUAACUUUAUACCUCUACCAAAACGGUCGGAUCGCCAAAUGUCAAUCAUUGCUUCCAUUCAGGAAUUACACAGAAAGCACCAGAGUAUCCAGCAACAAGUGAACGUGUACAGAAACAACCCCGCUAUGUGCUCUCAGCCGCAGUAUGCCGAUGUUUUCGCUGAAUUACAAGGUCAGAUUCAACAAAUUGAGGCACAGUUGAGAGCCAAGCAAGUCCAGUUAAACAUGGCUUACGCACAAGACUAUGUGAUUUCUGCCCGCGGACAGCCAUUGGCCAACAUCACAGAUCGCUCGCAAACCGGUGGGAAUGGCACCUCUUCGAUUGGCUCAGCUCCACACUGCAGGGCGGUGAAUCAGGAUCAGCUAGUGCAACAGUUCAUGGAUCUACGCGUACGAUCGGGAACCUCAACCUAUACCGACACCACCGACAGCGACUUCCCCGUCGUCGGCACGUGGACGCCUUACACGAAAAACAAUUAUGAGAGUUCAGAUAAACCGUUCGACGGAACUGCGCCCAGACCCCACACUGCUGCUCGACCGGUUGUGUCUAAAGUUAACCAGCUCAGCAACCUCUGCGGAACUUGGCAGCCUAACGGUUCGCGUGUGACACAAUAUUCGAACUCACACAACUGGCGGACUAAUGGCCCAAGCCGUCCACUAGAUGGUGGUGUUCUCUCCAACAAUCUCGAAACUUGUCCGGUCUCUAAUGGUGUUGAUCCGCAACUAUGUAAAUCAACUGGUCAGUGGCUACUUAUCCAACCCCUAAACGUCAGCAGUCUCCCUCUCAAUUUUACUAUCCUGCAUCACAUUCUGUCACAAUUUGGGCUAACUCAUUUUCGUGUUUUGAAUGCCACAACUGGAUGCGUUUUGAUUCACCUGCAGUCCAAUGAGUUCGCCAUUCAGCUUAUCCGAUCUCUUGGUGACCGCUUUUCGAUCGAAGCAAUCUCAGAUCCCGACCUACUCGCCCAGGUACAGCAACGGACCCAGAACUUUACUAGUCACUUUAACGUGACCGGCGAUUCAGGGACCGCACUUCUUGGCAAUGGCUUCGGAGCUCAUUGGAUUGAUCCUGAUCACCGCUCAUCAAACAAGACUAUAUAUGGACCGAAGAAGCCAAAUGCUCACACCGGCCACCUCGGGGUUAUGGUAUCCGGAAUCCAGUGAACCCUACUCAUUGGAUAUUGUUAUCGAUCCUCUUGAACGCACCAUCUUGUUUUGGCUGCUCAUCCUUUCACCUUGUGAUCCAGUUGCCAACGGCUUCCAUUCUCAGCGCCUGCACUGCCAUUGUGUGCAUUGCUCGCUUGCCUUUCGCAUUUGGUCAGUUGUGCCAACUCAUUAAGGCACUGUGCGUCUCCCCACGGGCUUUUCUUCCUCCAAGUUUGCUGUUUCUGCAACUAUCAUCCGGCAAAUCUCAACUCUUUCGUCCUACCCGUGCUCAACGACGUACCUUCACUUUUCACUCUCCUCACAAUUCUUCACUCGGCCUAAACCUACCAAAAAUUAACAGUCUGAUCGAGAUUUCAGCCUACUCAUUUUGUGCUCAAAUCAUCAUGGUGUUAACCUCAGUCCCACAUCUUUCAUUGAGCCUAGUCAAUUCCGCUUCAAUCGUGCUGCCAUAUCGCUACAACCGAUCUUAUCACCACUACUGCCCUGCCUUUUGCUCAGUGUCAAUGUGCCUAGCAGUUAUUUAAACUCCUUUCCUCUCUACUUCAUUUUCAAGCUUGUACGCGCGUGUGUCGUCUUUCAUUAGUUUCCUAGUUUUUCUCGUAUCUGUUCCAUGUGCACUAAGCAGCGACACUUCCAUGACGUCCAUGGUGUACUCUGAAAGUAGAACUGCGUAUUCGACCUGUUAUUCUAACCCGAUUUCAUCAUUGUGCGCGUUUAAGCAUCCGGUUCCGUCUCUUUCCUUGCUUAUUUUAUUACUUGGAAUCACGAUUUAUUCUCAACCGCGCUACAUGCUGUUAACGAUGUAUCUCUAAUUCGUUAGUUUCUUCAUCGAUGCUUUCUCUGCUGUAUUCGUAAAUUCCAUACCACAGCUGUUUCUUUUUCGCAUGGCAAUUCCCUUUUAAGGUCCUUCAUGACCCGUACCAAUCUGUGAUCCUUUUGUGCCCUCCUGAUUUCAUCACUACACCAUUUGCUAACCGGUGCAAUGAGUCAUCUCUACCGUCACUCUUUCUGUCUACCUCGUUUCUUCUGUACAAGCUCUACGUGUUCCCUAAAUUUUGGCAUCUUCCCUUUACCGUGCUUCCUAUGCGCUGAUUUCCCACAACCUACUUAAUGUAGGUGGAUAUUCCGCACCAUAGCUUUUUUCUAAUUACUGAUUCGUUUCACUCACCGUUCUUUCGUAGCGCAUUUUCAAUCAUGUUCACAAAUUAGCACCGACCUAAUAUCUGAACACACGCCACAUUUUGUUUAUAGCACCAUACGUCUGUUCAGCAGUGCCAUUGUGCGUGCCUACGGGGCUUCUUUCUGUGACACGCCGUUUAGUCUUUCUUGUGCUGAUAUCCUAUUCUGGAAUUCAGUACCUUGUUCAACUGUCAUCAACUCGAAUUUGUUGCAUUUUUGGCCUUUGAAUCAGGUGCUCCUUUUUGGCAGCCUCUCCUGUUCGCAAACAGAUCGGUUCCGUGGAUAAUCACUGUUCUUUCGUCUUACGCACAUGCUGCGCCUUCACUGUCAUCAAUGAACAUCCAUUCCGGUGUCCAGUGUAUUUGUCAUUUCAUACACCCUAUCAGUCCAAGUCUAAUCGUCUAUUACCUACACAUCCGUCUGACGGGAUUUUUUUUUACUGAUCCGUUAUACUUUGUCAUCAUUAUGCACUACUUUUCUCACCACUCUUCACUUAGAUGCCUUCAUUGGCCACGUUCCCUAUUUUUCACUAUCCACUUUUGCGUGGUUUCUCUGUAUUCCCAAUCUUUCUUAUUCUUCACACCUGUGAUUUCCAUGCAUGCCCACUCGCGCCGCUGGUUCCUGUGCUCUAGCUUCCCGUCAUUCCUCCUGUUGGUUCUGUUCAAACGAAUCGGCUCCUCUACGUUUAUGAAGGCUAUCCCUUAUUUCCUUGCUUGUGUUCUAACGUGAUCAUGCAAAUGUGCUUCCGGCGACAGUCUCUUGCCAAUACAACUAAAUCUGGUUGUACAUUUUUAUUUCACCCCCUUCUGUAUUCUGCUUUGAAAACGCCUGCUAGAGAGCACCUGGAUGGCAGUCUCCAUUUCUGGUGUCGGCUGUGUUGCGGCUUCACCGAGUGCUUAUCCACAUACACAUGCAAAAACAUAUCCUCCCAUCCUUAAACAAUUGUGUUGUGUCAACCUCCCAGUGUGGUCCUCACGUUCUUCUAUUCCCCCAUCUCGCUAUUCAGAUUUUAUGAAAUCGAAAGUAUUUCCACCCUCAGAACCUCUUUCUUAACUUAUGCUUUUCUGUUACGUUUCUUAUCAUGGUUCAGUACUCGCCCCACGUGUCUUGCGUUAUUCUCUUCGCUUGCACCCUGUUUCUGGUCUCCCAUGCUUUGCGUAAUUCUAUUCGGGUUCCAAAUUGGGCUUGUUACCUCAUCUGCCUUGCAUGCUUCCGUGUGAUUUUCUUCCAAUAAGUAGUAAUCUCAUUUUGAGUUAUCCUAAUCAAGCUGCCUGCUUUGUUACCUGUUUGCUCAGCCUUCUUUGCUGUAUGUCAGUCAGCAUGCAGUUUUUCCGCGGAGUCCCGUUUCCUUUUCUAGAUUCUCUUAGAACUGUUUGCUCUUCUGCAUACGACUUCCACCAAAGGUGGACUUUGCCACGUAUUUUACGGAGCUUCUUAAUUUGAGCUAACUAUUUCCUCUGCGUCCCACAGCCCCACUUCUUGCUGAUGACGUGUACGCAGCUCGUCCACUUUUCCAUAGUCCGCGCCUUGUAACAAUACUAGUUUCACAGCCAGUAUUUGUUCUAAUUCCGUCGGUCUGGUGGCAGUAUUCACUGUUUGUCAGCCGCUUUCCUUUCGGUCACUUGACCUGUCACCGUCUGGUUUUUAUUUGGAUGACUACGUCUGUCGGUGCCGUUGCUACUAUUUCACUCAUCAUUGUGACUCCGACGCAUCGCCAAACUCACUUAAGUCAUGGUCUCGUCGAAGUUUGUUGUAACCAUAAACCUGUUCUUGCCAUUCUUGACUUUCUGCGCAUUAAUCACCACAGGAUUAAAUCACUGGUAUUCAC